GCACGUAUUACGUAAUUCAAAACAAUAAAUCCUGUUUAAGAGCCGUGAAAUUAGUGUUCUCUAAAACAAACCACCACAUCACCCGCUCAUCUUCUUCGCAUGAAAAUUUCAGACGUAUAAUCUUCGUCUUUUUCUUCUUAUUCCUUCUAUAUUCUGAUUCAUACGUUGUAAUCAAAUUUUCCAUCUUCUUCUUCUUGGUGGUUUUUUCACUAUAAGAAGAAGAAGAAAGCUAGUCUUCUUUUAAGUUAGGAAACGAGAGAGAGACAAAUGGAGAGUGAGUUACCUUUGACGGAUUUAGAGUCUCAGAAUAAAUCUGUGGCCGAAGAUGAAGUUCAAUCCAUUUUCAAGAAAGCUAAUCGUCAGGUCACAUUGAAGUUUGAAGAUGUCGUUUACAAGAUCAAGAUACAAAAGAAAGGAUUUUUUAAUAUCAAAUCAGCAAAAUCUGCUGAAAGAAUGAUCUUGAAAGGUGUUACAGGUACAGUGUACCCUGGUGAGAUGUUAGCUAUGUUGGGUCCAUCAGGUAGCGGGAAAACGACACUCCUAACAGCAUUAGGUGGAAGACUUGGUGGGAAGCUUAGCGGGAGCAUAACCUAUAAUGGAAAACCCUUUUCUAAUCCCAUGAAACGAAAUACGGGAUUUGUGACCCAAGACGAUGUUCUCUACCCACAUCUUACUGUCACUGAGACCCUAGUCUUCACUGCUCUAUUGAGAUUACCCAAUACCUUGACUAAAGAACAGAAGGUAAUGCAUGCUGAAGCAGUGAUAACUCAGCUUGGUUUAACUAAGUGCAAGAAUAAUAUUAUAGGUGGGUCUUUACUCAGAGGUGUUUCAGGUGGAGAAAGGAAAAGGGUAAGUGUUGGGCAAGAGAUGUUGAUUAAUCCAAGUCUAUUGUUUCUCGACGAACCGACUUCUGGUCUUGACUCAACAACGGCGCAGAGGAUCGUAUCGACGCUGUGGGAACUAGCCAAAGGUGGGCGAACGAUAGUUAUGACAAUACAUCAACCAUCAAGUCGUUUGUUUUAUAUGUUUCACAAGGUUCUUUUGUUAUCCGACGGUAAUCCUCUGUAUUUUGGGAAGGGAUCCGAAGUUAUGGAUUACUUUUCGAGUAUUGGUUAUGCUCCAAUGGUUGCUAUGAAUCCUUCUGAUUUUCUUUUGGAUCUUGCUAACGGUGUUUAUAAGGACGAGGAAGGAGAAGACCAAGCAUCUAUAAAGGAAAACCUGGUCACAGCAUAUAGGACUAGUCUUGCUGAUAAAUUGAAAGGAGAGGUUGAAGCAGAGAUUCAGUUCCUCGAUAGUAGUGGAGACGGCAAAGAAUUUGGGAGGUGGAGUACAACUUGGAUUCAGCAGUUUUCGGUGUUACUCAGGAGGGGGAUCAAGGAACGGAAGCAUGAAGCAUUUUCUGCCUUAAAGAUUGGUCAAGUCUUGGUUGUUGCUUUACUUGCUGGAGCCCUAUGGUGGCAGUCUAGUAUUGCCCACCUCCAAGAUCAAGUGGGUCUACUAUUUUUCUACUCAGGAUUUUGGGGUUUCUUCCCUCUCUUUCAAGCUAUAUUCACCUUUCCUCAAGAGCGUAUGAUGCUAAUGAAGGAACGGUCAUCAGGAAUGUACCGGCUUUCAUCUUACUUCUUUUCGAGAAUAGUCGGUGACCUUCCGAUGGAACUUGUUCUACCCACAGUAUUUGUAACAAUAACCUACUGGAUGGCAGGGCUAAAGCAUACACCAAUAAACUUCUUCCAUACACUGUUUGUUCUUCUUUACAGUGUCUUGGUUUCCCAAGGCCUUGGUUUGGCUAUUGGUGCACUUGUAAUGGACCUAAAAUCUGCAACAACACUUGGAGGAGUUCUUAUGUUGACGUUUCUUCUAGCAGGUGGAUAUUAUGUACAACAUGUACCCAAGUUCAUUGCUUGGAUCAAGUAUGUAUCACUUAGCCAUUACCAAUUCAAGCUCUUGUUGGGGUCUCAAUACGCAGAGAAUGAUACUUUUCCGUGUGGACCACCGAAUGUGAGUUGCAGAGUGGGUACCUUCCCAAUGAUUCAGAUGGUUGGUCUUGACGGUCAAUUGAGCUCUGUCAUAGCAAUGCUUGUCAUGCUGGUUCUUUAUAGACUCAUCGCAUAUCUGGCUCUGAUGAGGGUUGGUGUGACAAAGUAAAAGACAACUUAGCUUUGUUUAAGCUCAUGCACUUAUUAGCUAUCAUCGCCUUGAGGAUAUAUACGUAUUACAUAGUCCCCCUGAUUAAAUGACUAUAGCUUAGCCUCGUGUUUUUGUUUAUUUUUAUAAUCUAUAUUUGAAAGAUGAAGAAAUUGUAGUUUUAAAUUUUGUAUGUUUUAGUUUUCUGAAUGAGAGACUUAUAUGUAUAGCAGUUCAAGCUAAAAGUUAGUAAUGUAUUUUUCUCAAAUUCAA